AUGGGUCUCCAAACGGAAAAGGACAAAGAAAGGGAAGACCAAAAAAAAAAUUUUAAAUUAUGUAGCAAAAAAUUCGAAACAGAUGAAUUAGAAGUUUUAAAAAAGAUAUAUAAGGAGUUAGGAAGUAGGUCUUCAUCUAGUCACAUCGACAAAGAGACAUUCCUUCAAUUUUUUCCCUUGCCAGGAUUGUGGGGAGAGCGAUUAUUUUUGAAAUUUAAUUUUAAAAAUACAGGUUAUAUAGAUUUUGAAGAAUUUAUAAUAGGAAUAGCUAUAUGUUGUAGGGGUACUAAGAGUGACAAAAUAAAUAUUUUGUUUGAUAUAUUUGAUUUAAAUUCUGAUGGCUAUAUUCAAAAGUCUGAAAUGGUUGCUAUGUUAUCAAAUAUACCAUAUAUUCAUAAAUUAAAGAAUGUAUUUUUUAACAAGAAUAAUAGAAGAAAAUAUGAAUAUGAAGAUGAAAUAAAUUCAAAUGAUUAUUAUAAUGAUGGCUGUAACGUAAGCUGUAACGAAAAUUACGGUGAUAAUUUUGCCGAUGACGAUGAUGACAAUAAUGAUAGUGAUAGUAACAAUGACGAUGCAGAUAGUGAUAACGAUGAUGUUGAUGAUUACUACAUUGAUGAAGACCAUUACGAUCAUCAUGAUCAUAAUUGUAGUUGCACUUACUGCAACAGUAACAAUAACAACAAUGGAAAUAGUAACAACUGUAACGAUAAUAAUGGUAAUAAUGAUGAUAGUAAUGAUGAUAAUAACGUUGAUAAAAAUGGUGAUAAUAAUGGUGAGAGGCACAUGAACAACCAUAACAUUAGCUGUGGUAAGGAACAUAAUGGGAGCGCGAAUAAUAUAGUUUUAAAUGAUGGUAACAAUAAGGAAAGUAAUAUUGUUAAUUGUAGUAAAUGCUUAAAACAGAAAAGUAGAAUGGUAAAUCGUAGCAAAUUAUUAAACAUGAAAGAACUUGCAAGGAAAAUUAGGAAGGAGAAAAAAUAUCAACUUGAAAAAUGCUUUAAGGAUAUAAGAAGAGAACAUUAUGAAGAAAAUAAUUUUUUUAAUCAUGAUAAAAAAAUAAAAAAAGAAAAAGGGAAAUCCCCUAAAGGAUGUUCAUUAUAUAAAAGUGAAAGUGAUGAUAACUCCAAUUUAUCUUCCAGCAGUACAUCUAAUGAAAUUACUCAUGAUGAUAUCGAUUACCAAAAUGUAUGCAAAAAAAAAAGUGUAAAAUAUAAAACAAAAAGAAAAGGAUCUCGAUGUUUAACAAAUUACAAAACAGCAAAUAGUGGCUUUUUGACCUCUUCUAGUGAUAGCUACACAAGUAAUGAGACUCAUUCUCUUUUGAAUAGUGAAGAAAAUGAUAGUUUCAGUUCUAAUAAGGAGCAGAGGGAUGGUUACUCAAGCCACACGUCCGACUCUUUUAUUAGCAUUUACGGUUAUUUGAUUAAGAAUAAAAGAAGAAAAAAGAAAGACAGGCAACAACGAGAUAGGGAAAAGGACAAAGAUAAGGUCAAAGACAGGGAGGACGGGAAUAAAGAAAAGGACAAAUCGGAUGAAGAUAUGGACGAGGGAAGUAUGGUGGAUGAUGAAGAUAAAGAAGGAUCGAAUGGAAAAGUUCAAAAUGGGCAUAAUUGGAAUAAUGCGCAUAGUGACCCACAUGGCCAAAAUGGGGAGGAGGAAAAGACACACGAAAUUGGUAAAAAGGGAAGAAAUCGCAUCACAUGUAGCAGAGGUGAUAUGAAUAUUUAUAAAAAAGAAAAGAAAAAAGAAAAGAGAAGAAAUUUAUUUUUAAAUGAAAAUUGUCUUCCUUCCAAAACAGCUAGAAAUAUACUAAAUGAUGAAGAAAAUAAUGAGUCAUCUGAAAAAAAUGUGGAUGUAGAUGAAAUUGUGGAUAUAAUGUUAGAAGAGUGUGAAUUUUUAGAUAAUGAUAGAAUUACCCCUAUACAAUUUAAAAGUGUUAUAUAUAAAUAUGAUUUUUUCCUGUAUGUAUUUUUUAGUUGUCUUCAUGAAGAUAUAUGGGGAUUACAAGGUAAUGUACUAUACGGAAGAGAUUAUAUUAGUAAUUUUGUAAUAAAAUCAGAAAAUUUUAAAAAUAAACAAAUAGCUGAAAAUGAAGAGAUUAUUACAGAAGAAUUAUAUUUUAAAAUAAGGCAACUUUUUAUUGUGCAAGCACCUGAUUAUGAUUGUGUAAAUGAUAACUUAUGUGUUAAUUUUUUAAAAGAAAAAAUUAUGGAAAAAGAAGAAAGGAAGGAAAACAGUCAAAACGAAUCUUCCCUAUCCGAUAUGGAUGAUGAAAAAAACGAAUCAACAACAAAUAAGAAAAGGACAAAAAAUGAAAAUGAUAUUAAUAAAUCAGCAGUUUGUGGUACAAUCAAAAAAACGAAAAAUGAGGAAGGUACAAUACAAAAUGAAAGCCCAAUAAAAGGAGAAGAGAUGAUAAGCAAAAAAGAAAAAGAAUGUAACUACGGAGGAGGUAGUGACAUUAUAGCAUAUUACGACGAAGCAGUAAAUGAUAGCUUUAAUAAAGAUGCUGCACGUGGUAAGAUGGAAACGAUGAUUUUAAAGGGAGACGUAGAGAAGCCCACUUCUAAUGGGGGCUAUUGUAUGGAAGGAAAAAAUGGGGACCAGCUAAAUAGGGGCAUACCCAACGGGAAAAGUAAAAAUAAGGACAAAUCAAACGGGAAGAGUAAAAAUGGUUUGGAGUAUUAUGGAAAUUUGAUCGAAAUAGCUGACCAGAGUGACAAGACGAAAUAUGCGGAGGAAUGUGAAAAGAGAGAAGUCAGUGGAUCCACAAAUGAAAGCACAUUGGGAGUAAUUGAAAACAAUCAAGAUAUAUCAAGUAAAUUGAAUGAGCAAUUUAUAAAAGAAGAAUUAAUAUGCAAUGAAAUUUGUGAUGAUAAAAAUGUAAGUAACUCGUUUGACCAAAAUGAAAAGCAUUAUUUCGAAGGAGUACACAGAGAAUUUUUGGAUAAGGAAAACAGAAUCCAAGAUAAGACCACCUCUCAGAUAAGUCAAAACAUUUUUAUGAAAUCUAAUAGGAAUGAUGUAUUACAGAAGGUUCGAGAUGAAUCCCCUAAAAAUGCUUUUACUGUCAAGAAAAACGUAAAUGUGAGUGAUAGAGAAAUGUUUGAAGGGAAUAAAAAUGUUGUAAGCUGUGCGGAAAGGCAGAGCGGAUCGGGUAAGCAUAUCGAAUCGGGUGAGCAUAUCGAAUCGGGUGAGCAUAUCGAAUCGGGUAAGCAUAUCGAAUCGGGUAAGCAUAUUGAAUCGGGUGAGCAUAUCGAAUCGGGUGAGCAUAUCGAAUCGGGUGAGCAUAACGAACCAGGUAAGCACAACGGCAGCACAGGUAGGGAAUUUUUUUCCCUGGAGGAUAUAAAAAAUAAGAUCGGGUAUGAGGUUGAUUUUAACUUGCUGACCAACUCACUUAAUGAUAUUUUUUCUAAAGAAAUUGUGGAGUUCAUACAAGCAUCAAAAAUUAGCUUUAACAUUAGUGAUGUAUAUAAGGAAAGAAGUGUACAAAAUAAAGAGAAGUAUAAGAAAGCUAAGAGAAAUAUUGAAAUAAUAAAAAAUUAUUCGAAUAAUUCUUUAAUUAAGAAUAAGAAAAAAAAAUAUUCGACUAAUCAUAAGGUAGAACAUGAAAUAGAAAAAGAUCAGGGAAUCAAAUGUCCAAAUGGUCAAGUCAAACUCUCUAAUCGUUCAGAGGAAGAAAAAGGUUUAGUUAAUCAUAUUGAAAAGGAAUCUUUUAUAAAUAUUAAUAACACCUUAAAUAGCGAUGAAAAUAAUCAAAAUACUGAAAGGAAGGAUGUCAAUGAAAAAGAUUUAGAAAGGGAAAAUGGUUUUUCAAUUAAUAAUGCUAUUAAGAAAGGCCUUUCUGGAAUUAAAAUACAAAAUAUAGAGAAGAUGGAUUUACUUGAAAAAUUAGGUUUAUCCAGUAAAAAAAACGACAUACCUGUAGUAGGAUGCACUAUUUUUUCGAUUAAAGGAAAUGAAAAAAAGGAAGAUACAAAUGAGGAAACAGUGGAGGGAGAAUCGGAAGGGGUUCAUGAUAACACUAAGGUGUUGAAUGGGCAGGGGGAAGAAAAAUGUGAAGAGGUUGGUGCAAGUGAUGGUGACGGGGUGAAGGACAAAACAGAUAUAGUUGAUGGUGUGAACAACAAUGAGACGUCCAAGAAAGAGGAAAGCUCGAGCAAUGAGAAUGAAAGCUGUUAUUAUGAGAGUAAAAAGAAAAAGAAACACGAUUCUUCAACAAAAAAGCAUGUAAAGGAUAGAAAUUUAUAUUCAUGUCCCAACUGCAAAGGGCCUUUUUUAAUGUGUCCCAAUUGUCAUAGUAGGUACCCACGAUUUUGUGUGAAUGAAGAUAAAAUUGCAAUGGAAUGUGAAUAUUGUGAUUGCGAACAUUGUUAUUUUUAUAAUUGUAUAUAUUGUAAUUUUGAUUUUCAGAAAUGUUUAGAUAUGAUUAAGAAAAAUUCACUUAAAGAGGGUAUAUUAUACAAAAUAGGGAAGCACCUUCAUCAGUUUAAGGCAAGAUAUUAUAUAUUAUUUGAUAAUUUAUUAUACUAUUAUGAUAAACAGAAAAAUUUAAAACCAAGAGGAUUUAUGUUUUUAGAAGGGUGUUAUGUAGAAGUAAUAUCUAAAAAUGAUAAUAUUAAUAAGUACGGUUUUUCUAUAUGUCAUAAGGGUACAAAACAGAUUCAGAAGAGAAAUUUAUAUGUGAAUACAUAUGAAGAAAGAGAAGAAUGGUUACAAGCAUUAUAUUCUACUACAAAACAAAAUACAUUAUAUAAUUUAUAUGAAUUACAUGAACAAUUAGGUCGAGGAAAAUUUUCUACUGUUUAUAGAGGAAUAAAUAAACAAACGAAUUCAGAAUUUGCUAUAAAAGUUAUUGAUAAAAGGUCUGUUUCGAUUUAUGAAAAAGAAUUGUUAAGAAGUGAAAUAUCCAUAUUACGUUUACUUAGACAUCCAAAUGUUAUUUAUCUAAAAGAAAUAAUUAAUACAAAAGAAACUUUAUAUAUAUCAAUGGAAUUAGUUAAAGGAGGUGAAUUAUAUGACUUCUUACUUUCAGAAACAAGACUAAGUGAAAUACAUGCAAAUAAAAUUAUUACACAAUUAAUUAAGACAGUUGCUUAUUUACAUAGAUGUGGUAUUAUACAUCGUGAUAUAAAACCAGAAAAUAUUUUAUUAACAGAUAAGUCAAAAGAAGCACAAAUUAAGUUAACAGAUUUUGGUUUAUCAACCUUAUGUGCCCCCAAUGAAUUAUUAAAAGAACCAUGUGGUACUUUAGCAUAUGUUGCUCCUGAGGUUAUAACAUUACAAGGAUAUAAUCAUAAAGUAGAUGCAUGGUCAAUCGGUAUUAUUUUAUAUUUACUCCUUAGUGGUAAAUUACCAUUCCCUAUUAAUAAAAAUACUGAAAUGAAUAUUCAGAAAAAUUAUGUUUUAAAUUUUAAAGAUUAUAUAUGGAAAAGUAUAUCUUCAUCAGCUAAGGACCUUAUUUCGAAAUUACUUGAGUUAAAUGUAGAAAAAAGAAUAUCAGCUAAUGAAGCUUUAGAACAUAUAUGGAUUAAAAACCCAACUGCUGUUAUUAAUGAAAAUUCUUUUAUUUAUAAAAAUGAAGAAAUAAAUAUAUUAAAUUUACAAGAUGUUAGUGUUAGUACAUUUAAUAUACCAAAAUAUGCUCCAUUACAUAUUGAAGAGGAAAAAAAUAUAGAAGAAGCUGAAAAUAAAAAUGUUUUUAGUUUUCAUAAAGAUAAUAUGAUAUGUGAAAAUAAUGAUUCCAAUGACGACCCAGUUAUCCCAUUGCCCUAUAGUGGUGCACCAAUGAAGGAAAAUACCAUAGAUAAAAAUGCGCUUACUUUGUCUAAGGAAAACUCAUUUCGUGAGGAACAAGCACAAGCUGAUGUAUCCCAAAGGAAGGAUAUGCAUCCGGGAAACGAUGAAGGAAAGAGUGGCAUGAAUGGUAAGAGUAGUGAAAUUAGUCAGUGCAACCUGAACAGUCAGAAUGGGAAGAAUAGUCAGGACGAGCCCAAUAACGCCGAUGUAAAUAAUACCCAAGCUCAAACAAACACAUAG